AUGAAUGAUGGUACACUCGUCACUCGUGAAGAGAAAGUUUCGUCACGAAAUGUAGGCGGUGCUGGUUUUGUUGUGCACCCAAUUUGUCGUCCAUCUUGUCGAUUCUCACGAGAUAAUCUCACCUUGUCUAGCCAUUCUUCGCCUCCGCCCUCUGCGCCAAAAAACCCAUCAAUGUCAUCAACUGCUACUCACAAAGGUCAACAGUUAUUGAAUCCGAAAUUAGACGCGUUUUAUGAGGAACUGGAAAAGUGA